GGAUCGAGCAAGACCCACUCCUCGACUUGUUUAGCGUCGACUUCGCCUUGUUCAGCGUCGAUCGUACAUCACAUUAUAUUAUAGCUAGUGUCUACGACUACGGAUUCCUCGUGAAAAACGGUCUGAGCGAGAUAGGUGGCGUUAGUUGAAAGUACGAGCGAAAAAUCGUCUCAACGCCACAUUGACUAAUGAGUGUUAUAUAUAAUGUCGACUUUCUUAUCUUCGGCAAAAUCUAGGUAUUCAGACUCAGAGCUUCCAAGUAGAAAACGAGAGUACACAGGCAAGUAACUAAGCCUUUGCUGUUCGAAAAUAUAACGACCACUUCUAUAAGGUAACUAUCACAUCAAAUGAAUGAAUUUCCCCUUUGAACGUCGUGAUUAAGAAAGACAGUCAUGGUCUUCCAGCAACUCCUCUCUUGCCACAACGGCAACGGCAUGGAUUGGCUUUCUUCGUUGAAGGGAGAACCGUGGAUUUCGGGACAAAAGCAUGCGAUCGACGACUUUUUCCAGAUCAAAACACGGACAUCAAACAAGUUUUUGGCUGCAUCGUUUUUGGAAGGUCCACCAACUCUUGGUACAGCAAGUGCUCCUCCACGACCACAUCAAGGUCCAACUACAAGUGGCCAAGACGGCAGUACAACUAGCACGGGCAACAUCGUCCCCGAGCGUCCCUCCCACACUCCCAAUAUGCAGUUACCUCAUCCCGCACCAGGUCACGAGGCCAAGGAGUAUCGAUCCUUAGCGGACGAUCCGCAAACCUUUCCUUUCGAUCUAAGCAACUUGCAGAAAAUUCCUGAUGACGUGCAAAAAAUGUACCUAGUUCGGAAACGAGACAUGCUGAGAAAACACCAGAUGGCCAUGAACAUGAACUAUCAGAAUCCAGACGACGUGCCGGAUGGACAAGCUUUUGCAACUAAGCUGCCAGCAGAUCCAGAUCCGAUCUGUCAGCAGUUGCAUAAUUGCCCUGAUCGUUUCGGCGAUUUUGGGAAUGUUAAGGCUGAACUACAGCUUCAUGGGAUAGUAGAUGAACUACAGCUUCAUGGGAUAGUCUAUUCAUCGUCUAAGUAAGUACUUUCUAGCUUCUUGGGAUAGCAGAUGUUGAAACCGUAUGACUAGCGAAGAGCGAGAGAGAGGGCGUAGAUAUGCCGGCGCUUGUAAAUUCUGUUCCAUUUCUUUCUGUGCAAGUUAGUACUUCAUUGUAGUUCUUCUUCCUCUAAGAAAAGCGGUGCUGCAGGAGCCGGAGGUGGGCUCGGUACUGGAAAGGACGGGUUGAUGGGCGAUGGCACUGGUCCAAGCUCAGAUUCCGAACUCCUCUUAGAUGAUGGCGGUGCUGGCGCAGCCAACGACGGCCGUUAUGAUCCUAUUCCUGAAGACGAUGCCCUCGACGCCGCUGAGAGAUCGCUGAUGCCUUGUGACGGUUACGGACGCAUUGAGACUGCAGGAAAAUUUCCCAGUAUGGGAGAAUAUUGCACUGACCCGCACAAACGUGGAUAUAACAUUUGUGUGUCGAUUCUGCCUACGGACUUCGCGAAACGAACCGGCGGCUUCUGCUAUUCCUCAGUGUUGAACGCGGCAAGCAAUAGUCAGUGGUUCUACGAGAAGAAUCAUAGAUGGCACCGGCAGCCUAUGAUGAUAGCUGCGCGUGAGGAUCCCUCGGUUGGGCAUCGGAAAGUGAAAACGAACCUAGCGGACGUAUACGAGAUCAAGGACACAAAAGGGAUGUAUUGUUAAGGCGGGAAAAAUCUUGGAUAUUUAAUCACAAUGAAUAACGUGCUAUCGAAAUCUAAGUAUCUUAAAGCUUGUUUCAAUCUCAAUGUAAUUAUGAUCUGGUAAGUAUCUAAGAAGGAGAAAAUAAAUGCAUAAUGCAUUUUUGCUUUGUUGUAGCUUGUCGUGAGCAAGUGCAUUUAGUACAAGUAGAAGACUCGUCUUGUUACACAUGAAAUCAUCAUCCAAAUUCAUCCUCUAACACCAGCCCAUCACCCUCCUAAAGGAGCCACUAUCCAAAUUCAUCCUCUAAUACCAGCCCAUCACCCUCCUAAAGGAGCGCCCCGGCAAGCACACGUACGAAUCGUUGCUGUUUGA